ACGGUUCGCUGCAUGCGUCAAAUCUGAAACGUGGAGUACUCAGUGCUACAAUGGAAGAGAAAUUGCGAGAAUUUGCCUGCCUUGGCAACGAAGAUGGUAUUCGGAAACUCAUGGAAAUGGAAGUUGAUGUGAAUUCACAGCAUCUUAUUAACGGGUGGACAGCAUUACAUUGGUCCUGUAAACGUAAUCAUGUCAGUAUCACAAAGUAUCUACUGGAUCAUGGUGCAAAUAAAGACCUUCUUACUGAAAAAGGAGAAAAACCAGUGCAUCUCACAACUAGUCCCCAGAUCAAGGAACUUCUUGGAGGUAAUGAAGGUGGUGAUGACAGUCCUGUAAUCAACAAAGACGAUAGUUUACCCAUAACACCAUCUUAUCUACGAUACCCGGAAUUUCCUUAUAACUCUGAUUCCGGUUACAGAAAGGAAGGAUAUACUGGUAACUCCUAUACAGGAAGAAAUGUGACUAGUCAUGAACUGGUUUUGAAAGUACGAGUUGCUAAAGGAUUGGAAACUGACUACAUUGAAGUUGAAAUUGAAUAUGUGGAACUGACUUACAAGAAUUUGCUGAAGACAUGUGCAAAAGAACUCGGUAUUAAUCCUGAUGCAGUUAUUAAAAUCCGCAAACUUCCAAACACUAUUAUUCGUAAAGAUAAAGAUGUUCAGCGUUUGAAAGAUUUCCAGGAAAUAGAACUGGUUUUAGAUCGCAAGACACCUAAUUUGCCAAACUCUGCUUACUCGACGACUGCAGCUCAGUACGCUGGUGACGUUUCCAAUGCAACGUUAGAUACAUCAAGCAGAUUAGUGUAUUAGUAGACGUGCACAACCGAGGACAGAAUAGCAUUGACAGUGCGAGUGCCAUGCUGACUGUGGGAAUGAUUGUCAUGCCAGUCACACCAAUGCUGCUUUGUUUGUGUCUGUAUCUGGGCAAGAGUUCCUUUUGUACCCCCUAUCCCUAACCCUAACCCUAAUUCUAACACUCAAUCCCAGUUACCCAAUUCAUUUGUAUAUGCCCCCUCUAGAUAACUAUAGAUGUCUGUAGGAGGGGCAUGUACAAUUAAAUGGGGAGUGCUAGAGGGUAGGGUUGGGGGAGGGGUUACAAAAGGAACUCUUUCUGACAUAAAAAAAAAUAAAAAAAUUUUAUUAAUUCAUACUUGCAAUGGAUAAGCUAUUCUGUACUUGGUUGUAAACUACUUCAGUCUGUCCAUGUAAACUGAUAUAACCAAAAUACCCAUGCAGUGGGGACACUGGUGUCAAUCAGCACGACUGAGUGCCAAAUUCCUGAAUACACAUGGUAUAUUUUACGUGUUAUUUUACAGAAGUGUUGGGUGAAUGGAUCCCUUCCAGAUUUUUAACUUUUUGAAGUUGGUUGGCUAUCAUUAACACGGAUCAUCAUAUUCCUUCCACUUGUAACCAUGUGGUUUCAUUUGAUGGUAAUGGCCAGAUAAAAAAAAAAAUUGUAUGUGAUGUGUUGACUCAAAGAGCACCAGAACACCAGAGAGCAUUCAUGAUGAUUGACUUGUUUUGAGCUAUACCAGCUGUAUUACUUUAGACAUAUCAAUGCAACCUUGUUAUAAUCUAUUUUCUAUUACAAUUAGUUUUCACUAUAAUUAAGCACGGUAAUACAUUGGGUUUGUUAUGAGAGGGAACCAUGCUAUGCGAUCAUUACCGUAAAUGUAUUAAAUAUUCGCUGGGUUUCAAUUAAUUUCACUAUUUUAGCUGAUAGGUAAAAUUCGCUAAAUUAAAUGUACAUGUAAAAUAGCAAGACAAUUCAUUGUUUUCUUGACAAAUUCAUGAAAUUAAAACACUAUGAAUAUGCUCAAAACAGUGAAAUUAAAUGAACGUUGAAAAUAAAUGGAAAUUCAUUAUAAAGGUGUUCAUUAUAACAAGGUUACAGUGUAUUAUUAAAAGCAUUUCAAAAUCUUGACAUUUAAUUUAGCGAGUUACCAGUGUCAAGUUUUCCACUAUAUGCAAUGGGCCUGUCCCACAAUGCAAUGCACAUGUGAAAAAACACGCUCAGUUGUGUCAAAUUUAAAUUUGACCUUUGAUACCUGUAUGGGGAGUUUUUCCCAAAAUUCCAUUGUGAUAAGACUUGUACCCUCAGUUUGAUACAAGUUCAAGUGAGAUUUUUGCUGGUCUGAUUCAGCCUGAAUAUUCCAUACGAGGAUGGUUAAACUCUGGUGUAUGGGUUACCAGUAAUUCAGUAAAUUUCUUGUAAAUAACCACGUUAUACACAGUAGUGGUGCAAUUUUACUCAAUAAUUGGGAUCAUUGCACACAUUUAUUCUGUAGUAGUAUUAAAGUUAUUUUGCCAUUUAAUAUUUAACUAAAUGUA